AAAACACACUUGGAAAGUGUUUGUCUGCAAUAUCAGCUGUAUCUUCUUCUGAACAGCCUCUUCUUUUCCCUUUUAAAGAAUGAGAUGGGACUAAUCAUCUUCUUCCUAUGUGCUUAUGUACUAAAGACAGCAGCAGGACAUUGCAAAUGGGCAGAAGUUCUGAAAGAUUUGGAGCGGAUCAAGACAUCCAAAGACAUUGAUGUUAGUUUAUAUACUGCAAACACAGAUGAGGAUAAUGAAUGUCAAGAACCUGUAAUGAGAUGUUUUUUCUUAGAGACAAAAGUGAUUCUUCAAGAAUGUCUUCUGAAAAACUGUAGUAAAACACAGGAUGUAUUGAACAUAUGGAAAAAUGGAUAUGCUAGCUUAGGAAAUAACAAGUUGAAUUCUUCAACACCAGCAAAAUGCAAAGAAUGUGAAGAGUAUGAAGAAAAAAAUUUUACAGAGUUUGUAAAGAGUUUUGUAAAGGUUAUACAGAAGGAAUGCAAACACUGA